AUGAUUUGGAAAGAGAGCGCACCGAGGGCAUACGAACUGAAAAACAAGAUCGCUGUCACACACCAAGACGGCGCCACCGUUUUGGCUUACUACACAAAGCUUCGAUCAUUAUGGGAUGAAAUCCAGUCGGUGUUCUCCAUCCCACAGUGCACGUGCAAUGGGUGUACGUGUGACAUCGGUAAGCGGCUUGUUGCACAUCAAGAAAAAGAGAGGCUGUACGAGUUUCUUAUGGGUCUCGACAACGGGUUCGGAGUUAUCAAAACCCAAAUCCUUGCCACCCAACCAACUCCGGGUCCCAGGACAGCCUAUCAUCUCGUUGCAGAAGAUGAACGACAAAGCUGA